AUGAGAAUAGUCCAUUGCUACAUUCUGAUACUGUUGCUUGCUCAAUCAACCUUUUGUUCUUGGCUCAAAUCAGACUCUGUCUGUACAACCAGGAUUUCAUCUAGCAAUUGGGAGGUUUUCACCCCACAGAGAAGCACUUCACCUCAACUAAAAGAAUCACAACAUGAAGCUAUCAUUGCAUUUUGGAGACAAGUGCUCUUUCACUACCAUACAAGACGUGGGGACAAAAGUGCAGGCUGCAAGCUUAUUCAUCAAAUUCUUACGCUGAAGGAGAUACCUUUUGAUGUAUUACAAGUGCUGCAUCCCUGGUUACUGAGGAUGUAUGAUUUAGCCACUCAUAGCUGGCAAUUUGACUCAGAUCAAACAAGGCAUGGUAUCUUGGCAGCCAUUAAAAUUUCUGGUGGCAAAUACAUAGAGCACAUCAGGAAUCUUGGUGAUGGAGAACCCCUGAUGAAUUUUGUGAACAUGCAAAGAAACCUGGAAAGAUAUGGAAUGGUUUUGUCUGGUGAUUGGUCUUCACAAAACCAAAGAGAACUUUAUGAAUUCUGGAUUUCUGAAUACCCCAAUGAAGACAGGAUGGGACUUUAUUAUAAGGUAAAACACAAGCCACACCUACAACUUGUUUUGGAGACACAGGUUGUGCAGACACGAUUGAUUGAGCAUGUCAAGCACAUUGAUAAAUAUGCUCAUCUAGUGGGACGCCUAGUAUUGGCCCAGUUUAGGGACAUUUCUGAAUUUAUCAAAACACAAGAGCACAUUCAUCCCUAUGGAUUGGAAAUUCAACACAGAACAGAGAUAAAUCAAAUGAAGGUUAUACAAUUCUGGUCAACUUAUGUGGAUAUAUUCCUACUUAUGCACAAUAUUGAGGACACCAAAGCUCUGCAGACAGUCAUAGAAGAUUUUGUAGUAGAGGACUUUGAUGAGGUUUGCAUCAUUAUGAGAAAUUUCAUCAAUACAGUUCCUACCUGUACUGCAGCUAGUCCUGCCCUGGCUCAAUUCCUCAAGUUUUAUUCAGAGGCCACGCAAUAUAGUGUGAAUAUGGAAGUUGCUCAGGAGGCUCUAGAUCUGUUUGUGAAAGAAUCAGCUGUUCAGAAAGCUCAAGCUCAUUUGGUGAACAAUGAAGUUGCUGCAGAUGCGGAAGAUCAUUCUUGGAAGAAUGAAGUUCCUGAGGAAGCUCAAGAUCAGUGCACAAACAAGGAAGUUGCUGAAGAAGCUCACAAUCAGUGCGUGAACAAGGAAUUUGCUGAAGAGGGUCAAGAGCAAUUUGCAAAGAAGUAA